AUGUACACCACCCCUCCUCAUCUCGCACCCUCUCGCCGCCUGUCCCACCGCCUCUCCACUUGGCGUGCCCCUAGCUUCGAUGAAGCCCUGAACACCCUCAUCAUCUCCCGCGGCAAUCGCCAGAUCCUGUUCUUCUGCCUCGGCUUUUUGUGUCCAGUCCUCUGGAUGGUCGCCGCUUUCCUGCCCUUGCCCCUCAGGCCCAUGGAAGCUAGCAUGAACAACCUCGAGGCGUCCAUGCAAGACUUUUCCUCUGAGGUCGAGGGUGAGAAGAAGCGCAGAUACCUGAAGGCAAGAUGGUGGAGAAACCUCAAUCGCAUCAUGAGUUUUGUGGGCGUGGCCAUCAUUGGCGCCAUCGUUGCCCUUGCUGUUGUUGCUUCAAAAUAA